AUGUAUACACGAUGUCAGAAGAAUGCACUCCAUGGCACGAAUAAUGCGAUGCUGACGUCCAAGUCCAUGCCUGUCACGUCGCAUAUAACACACACGACACCGAGCUUUAGCUUUAAGGAUCUCGCGCUUGAGUGUUUAAUGGACAUUGAUCUCUUUCUUGGUGGUUCCUGUAACCCUACAACAUGGAGACAUGACGUUGCAAUCCCGAUGCUUGAUGCUGCACACGUGCAGUACUUUAAUCCCCAAGUGGACGAGUGGUAUGAAGAACUCAUUCAGAUUGAGACUAAGGCCAAGGAGAGAGCACACAUGAUGCUUGUAGUGAUUGACAAAGUAACACGUUGUCUCGUGUCAAUUAAUGAAGCAGUGGAAUAUAUUUGCAGAGGUAAGAAGGUCGUGCUAGUGGUUGAGGACAUUGAAGAAGGAGACGAGAUUGCAGGAAACUUGGUGUCCAAGACGGAACUGGCGGAUUUAAAUGGAGCACGGCAGUGUCUUCGUGAUUUGGCAACAAAGAGAAAUGUAAGCGUGUUGCCGGACGUGGCGACGGCGAUUGAUGAAUGCAUCGCAUGGCUUAUUCAAAGUAACGCGUCCAUGUCUCGACCAGAAAUACCGCGUUUCUGGAAAAGCUCGUCGAUUAUGCUGAAUAAAGGGUAUAGCAAGCACCGUCCGCGCCGUGUAACGUCACGUUUGUACCCUUCGCAGCUGCUGAAGCUGAACAGCACUGAUAGCAGCAAGAGCAUUACUGACAAUAGCGAACCGAGCAGUGAUUCACCCGGAGGGUUGACACUCUCACCCGCUCAGUCUAGAAUGAAGCAACUAGAUUGCCAACUGGCCAGCAACUUCACAGGAGGAUCCGUGUAUCUUGGAGGGAAUUUGUCAGCGACGUCCUGGAGACAGAGUGUUGCUAUUCCGCUGUUGCGAAAGGCUGGAAUUCCCGUGUACGUUCCAUUCGCGGACUACUUGCAAGUCGGGUUGUCUCCGGCAGCAGAAAAGCACGUACAGGCUCCGAAUGAGCAUAUUCAGGCAAUUGAUACACAGAAGACGAUUGCAGAGCUCAUUUUGUUUGUGAUUCCAAGGAAUCUGCGCUCGAUUGCCGCCAUGACAGAGGCAGUUGAGCUUGUGUCAACCCGCCAAGCUUUGUUGCUGGUGAUUGAGUCUGUGGAGGAAGGGUGUAUGGUGGAGAAAGGGAUACCGAUCACUGGUUGCGAGUUUAAAGACCUAGCACGUGCUCGAACGUACUUGCGCGAGAUGGCAGAACGCAACGACAUUGCUGUGUUUGAGUCGGUCACUGAAGCUGUCGAGAGCAUCGUAGAGAGGUUUGACGAGGUGGCAAGUUUACAGCAAACAAGUAUAGUGAUUUGA